UGUACCCGACGCGAGCCGACAUGAUCAGGAGCCCACAAAAAGAGAUUAAUUUUCGCGUUCUUCGACGUCUACAAUCUCGCUGGGUCAACUCUCUAUCUAUCUUUAAUAUCCAUCUGCUUUCUUGAUUCGUUUAUGACUGACGCCAAUAUCACGAACAAUAGGGACGAGGCAAUGCCAAUUCCUAUACGAACUUCCAUGACUUCCUCUGGUAAUACAUCUCGCAGGUCUUCAACGGAGACCCGAACCACUCGGAACAGUCGUUCGAGCUCUUCAAGGGACCACUACAAAACUUCCUCCUCCAGUAGAGAGCUAGCGUUGCUUCUGGCUGUAGAAAGAAACAAGUCAGAUUCGUUGAAACUAAGCCUGGAUGAAGCACAGAAGGAACUAGCAGCUCAGAGACGCCGUAUUGAAGAGGCGGAGAUGAACCUGUUGGAAUUUACCUCCAAGUUCAUGAGGGCGAACAAGGACCGCCUUGAAGCUCUUCACAAUGCUGCCAUUGCUACAGAAGAGCGAGAACUGUAUCGAUUGCAGCUCCUGGCAGCUCAAAAUGACAUAGACAGGGCAAGAAACAUCGUCAAAACUAUUGACGAGCGGCGUGUACAGGCUGAGAAGGAUGCUGCAAAAUAUAAGCGUACUGCGAGAGAGCUACGAGAGGAACAGUUGGUCAUGGCUGCUCGAGAAGAAGGUCGCAGAAUAGGUUUUAGAGAAGGUUUACAACGAGCUAGAGCGGAAGUAGGCUUUCUGGACAUAGGUGAAGAUGGCUAUGUUACACCUCCAAGUAGGACCCGCCUAGAUUCCGUGAGCGAUGAAGAUCGAAGUACAUUCUACAGUGAUGAACUCGGCGAAGAACCAGAUCCUAUGCCACGACCUAUGCCCUCUGAACCUCCCAGCAUUCGCAAUGAAUCGCCCCACCCCCAGCCUAGUCCGCACCCUCAAGAUAUUCCUAUUCCAGUUGCACCUCCCCGCCCCCCAAGUAGUGCAACAGGUCAGAUACACCCAAUUCCUAUCCACAACAUGCCCAUGUCACCUCGCCACCCUCCUGUCAAUAUUCCACCGGAUGGCAUGAUUCCCCUUGAUAACGCGUCUGGAAAUGGGAUUCAGCUUCCGCCUCCUCAUGAACUGUCGCCCAUGCCUCCAAUUAUGGAACUCUCUCCUGCGCCUCCUCCUCCACAGGAACUAGACGAAGAACCUAGAAUAGUCCCCCCACCGGGAUCGCAUCGCACCCCGAUGUAUGCUACCCGUUCGGAUUAUCGUCCGAGCCAUUCUUAUCGAGGGCAGUCUUCACCAGAAUCCAGUUCUACUGCUAUGUCACAGUUCGACAUGCUAACCGAACCGCAAGAUAUAAUGGCGAAUCUUAGUCCGAUGAGUGCAAUUCCUGAGGUAGCGAGUGGCUUUACCAGUCCUAACCCUCCCUCAAUGCACGGAGGCGAUCUUCAUAGAAGUGGCUCCAUGCGCAGUACAACAUCAGCUCGCCGCUCCCCAUCUCCGAUUCCAAUGCCACAUCCUAUGCAAACCCCACGGACUCAACAAGAGAAUGUUCCGGAUGUAAACGUGAAUUAUUAUUCUACGAACCCCACCCAGAAAGUGGGACAUAAACAGUCGAUGUCUAGUAUAGCUUCAUCUAAACGUGCCAAGAGUCCUCCUUCGAGCCGCCACCGACCUUAUUCGCCCCCGCAGAUAGGUAACAUAUAUACAAAUCCGCACUACCAAACACCAAAUGAUACACAAGAAUAUCUUAGCCAAGGUAAUGGUCGACGGUCACAAACACCGACCCAGAGAAGUCGUACGCCCUUUACGCAAGAGGAACCACCGCAAUUUGUACCGCCCGCGCCAUCGUACUCACCACAUACUUCCCAAGAGUCAUCGCACAAACCCAGUAGGAAAUCCUCGAUGGUAAGAAUACCCUUUUUCGAGAUCUGCGCUCAAAUCUUGUGGAUAGACGAGUGCAGCCUCCGGUAGCCGUACAGCUGGGACCAGAUCACACACCAGAAGUCCCCCUGCAGCAGCUCCGCCAACGACUGGAAUGUACACCACUCUAGCUCCUCCCGAAUUACAGGUAGAAGCUAGUUCGCCACAGUCAAGUAGUAGUGGUGAUUACAGCGUAGCUAUAUUAUCUCCGACCCCUCCAGGCUCUGCUCACAAUGAUAAUGAGGAAGGCGUACGACGAGCUCCCUUGAACGAAUUCUUGAGCGCAAA